CCGCUUCUACUCUCACAAGCAACACACGUUCUAUCGAAACAACUUUCCAAAAUGUCUUACUACGCUAACAACGAGUACAUCAUCUCGACUAACAACUCGAUCAAUGAGAAUAAAUACAACAGUGAUAAGGCGAAAAACAGUGGCUUCAAAGCACUGUUGAAGCCUUUGAUGAAGAUCAUCAAGAAAACAACGAAACGCGCUCCCGUGAAACAAUGCGACACAUCGUACGAGAGCGAGCAGAAUUCCAGCAAUGAAAUGUUGGAAAAGAAAAUCUACGAAGAAAUGGAUAACUGCCAAUCAGGAGCAGCCUUCCUCGUUUGCAACGAAGAUGAGAGCUACGACCUUGUGCCUGUCGCACGCGAAGAUUUCUACAUCCCUGUUCACUUCGCACGCACCGACGCCGGAACCUUCUUCUGGACAACUGUUUCCAAAACUGAAGGCGACUUCGCAGCGGCCUCCUGUUACACAGAAUGCCAAACCGCGGAGCAGCAACACCCCGUGUUCCAAGACCGCUGGGUCCAAGCCUAAACUGACAACGACUUCCGUCAACAAUCAGUGUCUUCCGUGGAACCAGUGCCUGCUCCGUUGGUUUCCUCAACCGUCUGUGAUGUUAGCUUUAAAUAUAGUUCUAUUGUGCCAUAUAUAGUUAGGUUAUAGGGAUCUCGUGAUAACUCCAGUAGAAGCUUUAAUUAUCGUUUCGUACGAUGUGAUAUUUUUUGUAUUGUAUACAUUAAUGAUAGGUUUAGGCUUAUUGUGAUCGAAUACUGAGCUUUAAUUGUAUUAGGUAGUAAUAAUUUAUUUAUGUUUAAUGCCUUUUUAACACGUUGAAAUAAAAGAAUGAUUAAGAAUA